AAAAAUGUUUUGGUUGGGACGAUGUGAGGCGUAAGGUUCAUCUGAACACCUUUGGAUUCUUCAAGGAUGGGUACAUGGUGGUUAAUGUCAGUAGCCUUUCCGUGAAUGACCCUGCAAGAGCCACAGACAAGGACACAAGUAUUGGAUUCAGCCUGGACCGCACAAAGAAUGACGGAUUUUCUUCUUAUCUGGAUGAAGAUAAUUACUGUAUUUUAAAAAAGCAGUCUGUCUCUGUCACCCUUCUAAUUCUAGACAUCUCCAGAAGUGAGGUGAGAGUAAGAUCUCCACCAGAUGCUGGUACGCAGUUACCAAAGAUCGUCUUCAGCAAGGAUGAGAAGGGCCUAGGCCAGAGCCAGGAGCCUGGAGCUAACCCUGUUUCAGCGGGAAACCAGACUCAGCCAAAACAAGACAGUGGAAAAUCUAAAAGAAGUACAGUAGAUUCAAAGGCAACGGGAGAAAAAUCCUUUUCUGUUCACAAUAGUGAUGGGGCAGUUUCUUUUCAGGUGGGUGAUUUCGGCGCCUCCUUUACCCUCUCUCGCCGGGUCUGCGCCUCCAGGUACAAAGGCUUCAUCAAGGACUGCCCCAGCGGGCAGCUGGAUGCUGCAGGCUUCCAGAAAAUCUAUAAGCAGUUCUUCCCAUUUGGAGAUCCUACCAAGUUCGCUACGUUUGUUUUCAACGUCUUUGACGAAAACAAGGACGGGCGGAUCGAGUUCUCUGAGUUCAUCCAGGCGCUGUCGGUGACCUCAAGGGGAACCCUGGAUGAGAAGCUUCGGUGGGCCUUCAAGCUCUACGAUCUGGAUAACGACGGCUACAUCACCAGGAACGAGAUGCUGGACAUUGUGGACGCCAUUUACCAGAUGGUGGGGAACACCGUGGAGCUCCCCGAGGAGGAAAACACCCCGGAGAAGAGGGUGGACCGCAUCUUCGCCAUGAUGGACAAGAACGCCGACGGGAAGCUGACCCUGCAGGAGUUCCAGGAAGGAUCGAAGGCAGACCCCUCCAUUGUGCAGGCGCUGUCCCUCUAUGACGGGCUGGUAUAGUCCAGGGCCCAGAGCCGGGAGAGAGAGAGACAGCGAGAGAGGGAACACAA